GUUUAUUUUUUUCUCUUAUAAAUCUCUAAACCACUCUAUAAAUCUGGUUGUGUGUGGGAAUUACGAUAUUAAGCUUAUUGUUUGUACGGCCGAAUCUUUUUAUUUAUUUUUUUUUUUCUACACCCACGGAAGCGGCACCCACAUAAAAGUUUAAAAGUUGCUUUCUUUGUCAAAAGUCACAAACUCAGAUAGACAACCAUAUAUCACAUUACGAUACUACUUCCCGCUAGCCCCCAGUAACCAAAUGGGAAACACCACAUCUUCGUCCAGUAAUAACCAUGCCAGUAAUGGCGUUGGACUAAGUAGUGGUUCGCGAAAAUCAUCCGCUCGGAAAGAGUCCACCAACAGUGACGUCCGGAAAUCAACCGCCAGUCAUAAAGUAACUUCAUUGGAUGAAGAAUUCAGUGAUUUAAUUUUACAUCAGGUGAAGCCUACAAGUUCACAAUCUACUAGCAUUUCACAACACGGUUAUGUUCAUAGUUCUCAAAGCACGCUCAUGCAGAAUCAAGGGGGGCUUGGUCAUUCUCUGGUUGCGCAUUCACAACUGCUGAUUGCGCAUCCCCUGCUGAAACAGCAACCGUAUCAUGUUCCUCAGCAAAUAAGACUUUUCAAUCCUAAUCUGGUUAGUUCUGGCCCUAUGGAAAGUGGCCAUCUGAACGAAUCUGAACAAUCUGCUGAAUACAACAACUUCACUAAUGAUUUGAUUGAAGAUGAGUUUAAUGAAUUGGAUGACGUCUUGAUGGAAACUGACGAUACUUCGGUACUGAGGAAUAUUCUCCCUGAUGAAGAGCAAAGUGAAGUCAUGGAUGUUGUUCAUGAAGAACAUCCAAUCGAGCAUAAUAUAUACUCUCCUCCUCCUGAUUUGAGCAAGGUCAAGUUUACCAAAGUUAGUAACGGUACCCAUGGAGAUAUUUCCUUACCACUUUCUGCACACCCACCUUCAUUUCCUCCAUCUGCUCCACAAAGUACAAUAUCGGCUGCUCAGCAAGCACGCAAUGCUCAUUCUCCAUCACCUAACCCAGAACAACAACAACAACAACAGCAGCAACAUAUAAAUCAGCAAUUCCAUCAGAAACGAUUUAAAUCUAAUACAAAUCUGUUACUUAUACCAGUAGAAAUCAAGUGGGUCAAUACAUCAAGAGAACCUAUUUCCAAAAUUUCAAUAAUUGGGUCAUUUUCAGCUUGGCGUGAUGUUAUCAAACUCAGUCCUCUGCCCAAGCACGAUAAUGAAUAUGUUACCAACAUCAACCUACCACUAGGUGUUCAUAAAUUACUAUAUAUUAUCAACAAUGAAUACCGUGUUAGUGACCAAUUACCUACUGCUACUGACCAGGAAGGGAUUUUUUUUAAUUGGUUCGAAGUUAUUGACGAUACCCAUUUGUUUAAUCAUUCCUCUAAUCAGCCAAAUCAUGUUGGAGCCAGCACUGAUUAUGAUGCCAAUAUUAUAGCAGGAAAACUGGAAGUUGAAAGAAUCAAAGAGAAGAGCAAUAGUUUCUUGCAGAGGCUUUCCAAAGAGAAUUCUAAUGUGGAGCAUGUUGAACAUGCUGAACAAGAAGAACAAGAUCAUGAUCAAGACCACGAGCAGCACUAUGUUUACCCAAACUCUUACGAUAUGCCUUAUGACAUGCUGACGAGUUCAACGUCCUUGUUCAAACAAGACUCCCGUAUUUCUCAGCCUCAACUAGAAUACUCGAGCGAAAUACCCGAGAUGUUUGUAAACUAUGACUAUUUUAAACAGAAGGCGCCCGAUUACGAACUUGCAGAACCACCCCAUCUCCCACCUCAUUUGAACAAUGUUCUUCUCAACAAGAUGCAACCUCAAGGACACCCUCCACCACUUACACCAACCCAUUCAUCCUCCUUGAUUCCACAACCAACUUAUAUGCAGCCAUCUAAUUCAACCAUGAGUACUACUAGUGCAGGAAGUUUCCACAAUAGACCUCCCCUUAGAAGAGCCGAUAGUUCCUAUUAUGCAUCCAGCAAAGAAAGUAGUAUACCUAAUCAUGUCAUUUUGAACCAUUUGAUGACAACAAGUAUUCGCAAUGAUGUGUUGACAGUGGCAUGUAUCACCAGGUACUCGGGAAAGUUUGUAACUCAGAUUAUGUACUCACCAGCUGAUAACAACUGAGUGUAGAGUGAAGAUAUUCGAAAUAGAUUUUUUAGUAGUUGCGUUUAUGGGCAUUGGUAUGUAGUUAUAUUUCUAGACCUCGUCAAUUUUAGAAGCAAUAUCACAGUAUUAUUUUUAG